GGUGACGUCAUGACGCUGCAACCCAGCCAACAUGGCUGACAGCAUCCCGUUAAAUCCGGUUCGGAAAAGCUCCAGGAGAACCGCGAAGUACAGCUCAGCCAGGCUUUCCAGAUUUUCUCUAGAAGAUGAGCCGUCCAACCUGGACGAGAUGCCCCUGAUGAUGUCUGAGGAAGGCUUCGAGAACGACGAGAGCGACUACCAGACAUUGCCGCGCGCCAGGCGGGGCCAGCAGCGCCGGGGCCUGGGCUGGUUCCUGCUGGGGGGCUGGGAGGUCUUCUGCACCAGCUGCUGCGACUGCCUCGCUCAUGUCUGUCGGAGGAAGAAGGAGAUGAAGGCCCGAACCGUUUGGCUCGGCCGGCCGGAGAAAUGCGAAGAAAAGUUCCCAAAGAACGGCAUCAAGAACCAGAAGUACAACGUCCUGACCUUCGUCCCUGGGGUUCUCUACCAGCAGUUCAAGUUCUUCCUCAACCUGUACUUCCUGGUGGUGGCGUGCUCCCAGUUCGUCCCGGCGCUGAAGAUCGGAUACCUGUACACGUACUGGGCCCCUCUGGGUUUCGUAUUGGCCGUGACGAUGGUGCGGGAAGCUGUGGACGAAGUGCGGCGCUAUCAGCGAGACAAAGAGAUGAACUCUCAACUCUACAGCAAGCUGACAGUCAGAGGUAAAGUCCAAGUGAAAAGUUCAGAUAUACAAGUUGGAGACCUGAUAAUCGUUGAAAAGAACCAGAGGAUUCCUGCAGACAUGAUUUUCCUGAGGACGUCGGAGAAAACGGGAGCGUGUUUCAUCCGGACGGAGCAGCUGGACGGAGAGACGGACUGGAAGCUGAAGGUGGCAGUGAGCUGCACUCAGCGCCUGGCAGCGGUCGGGGAUCUGUUCUCCUUCAGUGCCUUCGUCUACGCCCAGAAACCGCAGCUGGACAUCCACACCUUCGAGGGGAACUUCACCCGGGAAGACGUGGAACCGCAGAUCCACGAGAGCCUGAGCAUCGACAACACGCUGUGGGCGAGCGGCGUGGUCGCAUCAGGAACAGUGAUCGGAGUGGUGAUCUACACGGGAAAGGAGACUCGGAGCGUCCUCAACACGUCCCACGCCAAGAACAAGGUGGGCCUUCUGGACCUGGAGCUGAACCGCCUCACCAAAGCCUUGUUCCUGGCCCAGCUGGUUCUGUCCGUCGUCAUGGUGGCGCUGCAGGGCUUCGUGGGCCCGUGGUUCCGGAACCUCUUCCGCUUCGUGGUCCUGUUCUCCUACAUCAUUCCCAUCAGUCUGCGGGUCAACCUGGACAUGGGGAAGUCGGCGUACGGAUGGAUGAUCACCAGAGACGAAAACAUUCCCGGCACCGUGGUCAGAACCAGCACCAUCCCUGAAGAACUGGGCCGGCUGGUCUACCUGCUGACAGACAAGACAGGAACCCUGACGCAGAACGAGAUGGUGUUCAAGCGGCUUCACCUGGGAACCGUCGCCUACGGCAACGACACCAUGGACGAGAUCCAGAGCCACAUCGUCCAAUCCUACGCUCAGGGUCCGGCUCAUUUGGCUGGAGGCGGCACCGGGAACGCUGCGAUGGCGCGGAGCAACCCGCCGCAGGGUCCCAAGGUCCGAAAGAGCGCGAGCAGCCGGAUCCACGAGGCGGUGAAGGCCGUCGCUCUGUGCCACAAUGUGACGCCGGUGUACGAGUCGCACGCCGCCGGGGAGACGGAGUCGGCGGAGGCCGACCAGGACUUCAGCGACGACAAUAGGACCUACCAGGCCUCCAGCCCAGACGAGGUGGCGCUGGUGCGCUGGACGGAGAGCGUGGGGCUGACCCUGGUCAACAGAGACCUGACGUCGCUGCAGCUGCGGACGCCGUCGGGACAGAUCCUGUCCUUCCUCAUCCUGCAGGUUUUCCCAUUCACGUCGGAGAGCAAGCGGAUGGGCAUCAUCGUUCGGGAGGAGGCCACCGGAGAAAUCACCUUCUACAUGAAGGGGGCAGACGUUGCCAUGGCGACCAUCGUCCAGUAUAACGACUGGCUGGAGGAGGAGUGUGGGAACAUGGCCAGAGAGGGCCUGAGGACCCUGGUGGUGGCCAAGAAGUGCCUGUCUGAGGAGCAGUAUCAGGACUUUGAGAGCCGCUACAGCCAGGCCAAGCUGAGCCUGCUGGACCGGGCGCUGAAGGUGGCGGCGGUGGUGGAGAGUUUGGAGAGGGAGAUGGAGCUGCUGUGCCUGACCGGCGUGGAGGACCAGCUGCAGGCCGACGUCCGGCCCACACUGGAGCUGCUGAGGAACGCCGGCAUCAAGAUCUGGAUGCUGACCGGAGACAAAAUGGAGACGGCUACCUGCAUUGCCAAGAGCUCCCACCUGGUGUCCCGGACUCAGGACAUCCACGUCUUCAAGCCGGUGUGCAGCCGGGGGGAAGCGCACCUAGAGCUGAACGCCUUCAGGAGGAAGCACGACUGCGCGUUGGUGGUCUCCGGAGACUCCCUAGAGGUGUGUCUGCGCUACUAUGAGCAUGAGUUCGUGGAGCUGGCCUGCCAGUGCCCAGCUGUGGUCUGCUGCAGAUGCUCGCCCACACAGAAGGCCCAGAUCGUCCAGCUGCUGCAGCAGCACACAGCCAACAGAACCUGUGCCAUAGGAGACGGAGGGAAUGAUGUGAGCAUGAUCCAGGCUGCAGACUGCGGCAUCGGGAUUGAAGGAAAAGAAGGGAAGCAGGCGUCGCUGGCCGCAGACUUCUCUGUCUCGCAGUUCCGACACAUCGGCCGCCUGCUGAUGGUCCACGGCAGGAACAGCUACAAGCGCUCGGCCGCGCUCGGACAAUUCGUCAUGCACCGAGGGAUGAUCAUCUCCACCAUGCAGGCCGUCUUCUCCUCCGUCUUCUUCUUCGCCUCGGUGCCGCUCUACCAGGGUUUCCUCAUGGUCGGGUACGCCACCAUCUACACCAUGUUUCCCGUUUUCUCGUUGGUUCUGGACCAGGACGUGAAGCCCGAAACGGCUCUGCUCUACCCAGAACUCUACAAAGAUCUGACCAAGGGUCGCUCCUUGUCCUUCAAAACCUUCCUGAUCUGGGUUCUGAUCAGCAUCUAUCAAGGUGGCAUCCUGAUGUACGGCGCCCUGGUUCUGUUCGAGUCUGAGUUCGUCCACGUGGUGGCCAUCUCGUUCACGGCGCUGGUUCUGACAGAGCUGCUGAUGGUGGCGCUGACCGUCCGGACCUGGCACUGGCUCAUGGUUCUGGCCGAGUUCUUCAGCCUGGGCUGCUACCUCGCCUCGCUCGCCUUCCUCAACGAGUACUUCGGCAUCGGCAGAGUGUCGUUUGGAGCGUUUCUCGUUACUCCAAGCUGUCAUCCUGAGCGGCGCCCCUGCUGGCCGAAGAGGGAACGUGGCACCGCUUUGGGUCCAUCUGCCUUCAGCUCCUUUAAAUAUUUCCUGAAAGCUCCAGUUUGGUUUUCUAAACUGAUUUUUUUUACUGAUGUUUUUUAUUUGACGUGUUUACGGCUGCGUUCUGUUGAAGGACUUGAAAACUUUGAGUAAUUCCUCAUGUUUUCACCACAAACUCGCCAUCCGGCCGUAGAACCAUCAACCUUUAUCCACGCUGAACUGGAAACGUCUUCAGCAGGAAGCGGCGGCACGUUUUGUGUCUCCCGGGUGUUAAAUCCUGCUGAGCUCCUCCUGAAAGAGGCUUUUAGGCAGAAUGAGUUUUAUCAUUCAGUCUCUGCUGGAACAAGCUGCUGAAAACAAACCUGGAUAUUUUUUCUAGGGACGGAUCGGCCACAAACUGAGUUAAAUUUACCGGGGUUUUUUUUUACAGUUUUCUGCUCUGGUUUUCUACUGAUUGGAUUGUUGUGUGUUUCUGUUUCAUUCCUCAUUUUGCACUGCAGUGUCAGUAUUUAUUUCUCAAAAUGUUCUUGAUUAAUAAAAGAAACUGAAUGCUGGCGAAA